AUGUAUUUCAAGUAUGCAGCAGCAGCCCUGACUGCAGUGCUCCCUCUGUGCUCUGCACAGACCUACACAAAUUGCAAUCCCCUUGAGAAGUCCUGUCCGGCCGACAAGGGUCUUGCCGCAUCCAGUUACACUGCCGACUUCACCUCAGCUUCAGCUCUGGGUCAAUGGACCGUCACUGGAGGCAGUGUUCCCAUUGGCGCACAGGGCGCUGAGUUCACUGUCGCUAAGAAGGGUGAUGCGCCUACCAUUGACACCAACUUCUACUUCUUCUUCGGAAAGGCCGAAGUGGUGAUGAAGGCCGCUCCUGGUACCGGUAUUGUGAGCAGUAUCGUCCUAGAGUCGGAUGAUCUGGAUGAGAUUGACUGGGUAAGCCUGCUUGUUCACCCGAUUUUCUUCUUGAACCGGACUAAGAAAGCGCAGGAAGCAUUGGGCGGUGAUACCACUCAGAUCGAGACCAACUACUUCGGUAAAGGCGAUACCACGACCUAUGACCGGGCCACUUAUGUGGGCGUUGGUACUCCUCAGGACACUUUCCACACCUACACCAUCGACUGGACCAAGGAUGCGAUUACCUGGUAUGUUGACGGCGCGGUCGUGCGUACGCUUGCAUACAACGAUGCCAAGGGUGGCACUCGGUUCCCGCAGACUCCUAUGCGCCUGAGAAUCGGCUCCUGGGCAGGCGGCGACCCCGACAACGGACAGGGUACCAUCGAAUGGGCCGGUGGGUUGACCGACUACAGCAAGGGACCGUACACCAUGUACGUCAAGUCGGUUCACAUUGAGAACAGCAACCCUGCCGAGUCCUACACCUACUCGGACAACAGUGGCUCAUGGCAGAGCAUCAACUCCGGAGCCUCCGCCACCACAUCUCUCUUCCCCGGCGCCGCCACCUCCAUCAAAGGGUCGUACACAGCCUCCGUCCUGGUGUUCAGCGUGGUCGCUGCCAUGCUGGGAUUCUAA